AUGAUCCGUGCGCACCACCGAUGGAAUGCAACCCGCCAUGCGAUGACAAUCACGUUUGCAUUUUAACUGAAAAAACAUAUUCAAAGUGUCCAGAGCGGAUUUGUCAACCAAAGAAUAAUCCAACAUGUGUUACAUGCCCUACAGCUAACUGUCCAGUAUGCAACUCUACCACUGAAUGUUGGACUCAGAAAAAUUUCUGUUAUACCUGUGGAGGUGCCUAUUGCGUCACAUCUUCUCAAG